AUGCUGUGUCAGCUGUCUGCUCUCUUAUCGGGCUGCUUGCUCUUCCAGGUAGCCCGAGCUGCAGACGCUAUAGUGCCUGGGCGGGCUUUCGAUAGGUUUAUCAGCAUCUGGCUGGAGAAUCAGGAUUUUGCCGAAGUACUUAAGGACGAUGCCUUUGCCGACCUGAAGAAGUCCGGCAUCCUCCAAACAAGAUACUUUGCCCACACCCACCCCAGUCAGCCAAACUACCUGGCCUCUGUCGCUGGCGACUACUUUGGCCUGAACCAUGACGACUUCGUGCGCGUACCAUCCAAUGUGUCGACAGUAGUAGAUCUUCUUGAAGACAAGCAAAUUAGCUGGGGAGGGUAUUUCGAGGGCAAUCCGGGGCCCGGAUACAUGGCGGUGGGUAGCUACGAUAAAGAUGGAACCUGGGAUUACGUCAGGAAACAUAAUCAUUUUGUCUCAUUCGACAGUGUCAACACGCAAGGCUCGAGGUUGGCGCGACUGUUGUCGUUCAAAGACUUCCAGCGAGACUUUGCUGCAGGCACGCUGCCUCAGUUUAUCAUGAUGUCGCCUGAUAUGAACAAUGAUGGGCACAACACGACAUUGGAAUACGCCACGAAGUGGGCGCAUGAGUUUUUGAAGCCGUUACUUGCCGACAGUGCAUUCGCAGAGCCUACCGUCAUUCAACUGACGUAUGACGAAUCGUAUGACUACAGCAAGCCAAACCAGAUUGUGUCUCUACUCGUGGGUAAUGGAAUCCCUAAAGACCAGCACGGCAAGGAGGAUUCAGACUUUUACACCCACUACUCCGUCCUAGCCACAGUUGAGAACAACUGGGAGUUGCCGAACCUCGGGCGAUAUGACGUCGGCGCGAACGUUUUCAAAUUCGUGGCUGAUGUCACCGGAUAUGUGAACAAUGACCCCGAGAACGCUGCAAGUGUGGAUAGCUCGAUCUCGUAUGCCGGUUAUCUCAACAACGAGACCUCAGCACAGAUCGAAAUUCCAUCCCCGAACUUGAAGUUGACUGGUGCAGGCGGUAAACCGAUCCUCGAAUCAAUCCGGACACAAUGGCAGAGAGAGGAAUUCAAGAAAGUGCCAUAUGAUGGAAGUGGAAGGGUAUAUGAUGGGGAUAAGAAUGCACCUGAGUAUAAGCUGCAGGGGUAA